UAAUUCCCGAGCUUUUCUUCCUGCCGGAAAUGCUGGUAAACAGCUCAGGAUACCGGUUGGGCAUCCCCGAGUCUCCUUCAGGUGACGUGAUCUUGCCGCCGUGGGCGUCGUCUCCUGAGGAGUUCAUACGGAUCAACCGCAUGGCUUUGGAGUCGGAAUUCGUCAGUUGCCAGCUGCAUCAAUGGAUCGAUUUGAUAUUCGGCUACAAGCAGAGAGGGCCCGAAGCCGUCCGAGCCACGAACGUUUUCUACUACCUAACGUACGAGGGCGGCGUGCGACUGGAUCAAAUCACAGAGCCCGUGACGCGAGCCGCCAUCGAGGAUCAGAUUCGCAGCUUCGGGCAGACGCCUGCGCAGUUGCUAAGCGAACCGCACCCGCCCCGCGCCUCGACUAUGCACUUAGCUCCGCUAAUGUUCGCGGCCGCGCCCGACGACGUCUGCGUGCGACUCAAGCUGCCGUCGAACGCCGCCGUCGUGCACGUGUCGGCGAACACGUACCCGCAGCUGUCCAUGCCGGCCGCCGUGACCGUGAGCGCCGCGCGCGCCUUCGCGGCGCACCGCUGGCUGGGCGGCGGCUGCGCGCACGCCGCGGCGCGCCACGCGGCCGAGCACGCGCAGCCCCCGCCGCACCCCGUGCUCAUGGACCCCGUGUGGGCGGCGGGCGGCGCGGGCGCUCUGUCGCGGCGCCAGCUGGGCGACAACUUCUCGCAGCGGGUGCGCGCGCGCAACAACUGCUUCGUCACCACCGUCGACUCGCGCUUCCUCAUCGCGGCCGGCUUCUGGGACAACUCCUUCCGCGUCUUUUCCACCGAAACCGCGAAAAUAGUACAAAUAAUCUUCGGCCACUACGGCGUGGUGACGUGCGUGUCACGCUCCGAAUGCAACAUCACGUCCGACUGCUACAUCGCCUCGGGCUCCGAGGACUGCACCGUCCUCUUGUGGCACUGGUCGGCGCGACACGGCGGCAUCGUGGGCGAGGGCGAGGCGCCGGCGCCGCGCGUGUCGCUGACGGGGCACGACGCGCCCAUCAACGGCGUGCUGGUCUCGGCCGAGCUGGGCCUAGUCAUCUCCUCCUCCGUCAACGGGCCGGUCCUCAUCCACACGACGUUCGGCGAGUUGCUGCGGGCCCUCCCCGCGGCGGAGGGCGUGUCCUCCCCGCAGCAGCUGGCGCUGUCGCGGGAGGGCGUCAUCGUCGUGGCCUACGCCAGGGGCCACCUCGCCGCCUUCACCUUGAACGGGCGCCGACUCCGGCAGGAGACGCAUAACGACAACUUCCAUUGCCUGGUGCUGUCCCGCUGCGGCGAGUACCUGGUGUGCGGCGGCGACCUGGGCGUGGUGGAGGUGUGGCGCGCCUUCACGCUGGCGCCCCUCUACGCCUUCCCGCCCGCCGGCGCGCCCGUCUGCAGCCUGGCCUUGUCGCACGACCAGAAAUUCCUGCUAGCGGGUCUGGAGAACGGCUCGCUGGUGGUGUUCCACAUCGACUUCAACCGGUGGCACCACGAGUACCAGCAGCGCUACUGAGCGCCGCCUUGCUGCGCGCACCGCCACCGCCGCACGCACUGGCACUGAACACGUCUAUGUUGUCUGCAGUUGGGAAACACUUCUUUUAAACACGUUCUUACGCUUCGAUAAACACUAUGUGAACAUUUUCUUUCGCAAACGCCGCCAUUUUAAUGGCGGCGGACUUUUGUUUUUACAAAAUGGCGGCAACUUUAUAAAAGUUUACAGACGGCAUAGAUUUGUAUGAAAAUAUUUGAAUUUUACAUCUUGUUAAAUAAUUAAACAAAGAUGCUAAUUGCGUAAUUCUAGGGAAGUACUUAUUAUUAGUUUUUAAGAAUAAACCAUUUUACAGUUUUGACAUUCCAUUGUUUACGUAUUAACUAAUAUAUUGAUGAAAUUAUGUUUGUAUUAUUUUGAAUCGAUUUAUUUUAUUAAUUUAGUGCCAUAGGAUAGUUUAAAUAAAGUGCUGUAAAUCGAGACGUACUUAAAUAUUUACAAUUCCUUAAAGUAUUUCUACAUACUUAGAUCUCUACAUGCAGCUGACGUCCAUUUUAUUUUAGUCUAUUUAUUUUCCAGUCAUUAUAUGUAUAGAACUUAGAUUUGGAUUUUCGUGCAAUAUUAUUAAUUACUAUUUUAUCUUAUUUUUUUCCAACUUAUCCUUUAUGAAUGUACUUAAUUUUUUGUAAAACUUAAAUUCCUUUUUUUAAUUUUUUGCUAUUUUCUGGUGGUGGUAAAAU